AUGAAGUUCCUCUACAUGAUCACUCUGGUGGCUGGCGUGUCCGCUAUUGCCAUUGAGCCUCGUCACCAUCAAGGAAAAGGAAAGGGCGGCAAGGGCAAAGGAGCAGCGGCAGGAGGAGCAGCUGCAGGAGGCGGUUUGGCAGCUUUGCUUGGUGGAGCUGCCGGUGCAGGUGCUGGCGCUGGCGCUGCAGGAGGGGCUGCUGGCGGUGCAGACGCGGCGGCUCAGGGUGGAAAUGCGGCAGGCGGCGCAGGCGGCUUGGCUGCUCUUUUGGGCGGUGCUGCGGGCGCGAACUGA